CGCAGAGAAGAGAAGUGGCCCGGCUGGCGUUGUUACUGUGCGUUGAAACACUUAUUCUGACCAGCUGAGAUUGCUCGCUGAACGUUGUGCCUCCGUUUGAACCUGCUUUGGUAUAGAUACAUUCCGCGUAGGUGGCAAGUUUUUCCUAGACUUUGAUGGCAUCAAAAAGAAUUCAAAAGGAGUUGCAGGACUUGCAAAGAGACCCUCCUACAUCAUGCUCAGCAGGACCUGCUGGAGAUGACCUAUUCCACUGGCAGGCCACUAUCAUGGGACCUGGUGACAGUCCAUACUCAGGCGGUGUCUUCUUCGUCAUGAUUCACUUCCCUCCUGACUACCCAUUCAAGCCUCCCAAGGUGCAGUUCCAGACAAAGGUGUACCACCCCAACGUCAACAGCCAAGGAAGCAUCUGCCUGGACAUCCUGAAGGAGCAGUGGAGUCCGGCGCUCACGAUCUCAAAGGUCCUGCUGUCCAUCUGCUCGUUGCUGACAGACCCCAACCCGGACGACCCGCUGGUCCCUGAAAUUGCACACAUCUACAAGACAGACAGGCAGCGAUAUGAGGAGACAGCCAGGGAGUGGACGAGGAAAUAUGCGAUGGGAUAACACCGCUGAGCUCCCUUGUACGCGGGUGGAUGGGGACUGCUCUAGCAUCUGGUGCAAAUGGUGCAGAGCAGACUUGAGCUGUGGGUCAAGCAGGCCAGUAUUGAUGGGCCAGAAGCUGCCUGUGGCAGGCUUUGCCCACAUAGCAGCAAUGUCUGAUGCCACGAGACUGAAGGAGACACAAGCUGUGGAAACGUGCUUGUUGAGGAUGAUGGUGCUCUUGAAUCCUUCAAUCAACUUUGAAAGCAGUGUGAAGUGCUCUGCAGCCAGGCUGUUCACUUCCGUGGCAUUGGUCUCUAGGUGCUACCAGCCCAAAAAUGGACAAAUGGCAUGCACAUCUCUGUAAUCCGCAACAUUUUGCUG